AUGAAUAUACAAAGUGCUGCUAUUAACAUUUUAAAACGUGGUGUAGAGUUAGAUACAAAGAAACGAUAUACUGAAGCACUAGUUUGUUAUCAAGAAGGACUACAAAUUCUAGUGGACAAGAUGAAAGGUGAAACAGAUGAAGCCACUAGAAGUUAUUUAAGAAAAAAAGUAGAAGAGUAUAUGAAUAGAGCUGAAUGUAUAAAGAAAUUAGUUUUAAAACAGAAAGAAGUUGGCCAGUUUCAUGAACAGGUUCAUAUUGAAAAUGAUUCUACAGGCCAUAGCUAUAAGACAUUAUUUGGACGUUUUCUAGAUGAGGAUGUACAGUUUGUAAUUAUUGAAGAUCCCUACAUAAGAAGUUUCCACCAGUGUCAAAAUUUUCUUCGUGUAUGUGAGUUAUUGGUGAAGUCUUGUGAUAAACUGAGGCACAUAGAACUGUUAACUUCCAAGGAUAACAAGUCAGAUAAAGACCAAAGCAACUGGCUCAACAACAUAUCCAUUGACCUUCUCAAAUAUAAUGUGCAAUUAAUAGUAAAAUUUUCUGAAACACUACAUGAUAGACAAAUUAUCCUUAGUUCUGGAUGGAUUGUAAAAAUAGGCAGAGGUUUAGAUUUCUACAAAGCAACUGAGAACAAAUUUUGCUUAGGAAUGCAUGAUCUUGAUUUAAGACCAUGUCAUGAGACUACAGUUGACAUUUUACACUCAAAGAAUGUUAAGCAAUCAUAUGGAUGA